AUGGGUUGUAAGGCCCCAUCCAGCUCUGGUCUCUGUCUGGGCGCUGAGUGCCAUGCUGCCCACCCUACGGUAUUUUUGAUGCUCUUUGCCAGCAUGCUGGUGACUUGGCUUGAGGCUACUAAACUCAUUGUGAGCUUCCAGUCCCCCUGGAACAUCUCCCAUCCAUUCAGUGUGCAAAGACUGGGUGCGGGCCUCCAGAUGGCCGUUGACAAGGUCAACUCAGAGCUGGCUCACCUGGAAAACUUCAGUUGGGAGUUCACUUACACCAGCUCAGGCUGCAGUGCCAAGGAGUCCCUUACUAUUUUCAUCAACCAGGUCCAGAGAAAACAGAUUUCUGCUCUGUUUGGACCAGCAUGCCCAGAAGCAGCAGAGGUUGUCGGUUUGCUGGUCUCUGAAUGGAACAUCCCCACGUUUGACUUUGUUGGACAAACGGCAAAACUGGAGAACCACUUCUUGUAUGACGCCUGUGUGAAACUUGUGUCACCUGUGCAGGAAAUUGGUGAUGUGUUCCAGAAAAGUCUCCAGUACUUGGGUUGGAAACAUAUUGGGGUGUUUGGAGGCCACUCCGGGGCUUCCUCUUGGGAUGGAGUGGGUGAGCUGUGGAGGGUUGUAGAAAAUAAACUCAAAUCCCAUUUCACCCUCACUGCCCACGUGAGAUAUACCAACAUUGAUCCAGCGCUCCUUCAAGAGAAUCUUAGAAGUGUGUCAUCAGUUGCCAGAGUCAUUAUACUGAUCUGUGGCUCAGAGGAUGCAAAUAUUAUCCUGCUGGCUGCAGAGAGCCUGGGACUGAACACAGGAGAAUUUGUCUUCAUCAUUUUGCAGCCAUUUGAGGACAGCUUUUGGAAGGAGGUCUUGACAAAUCAGAAGGUGACACAUUUCCCAAAAGUCUAUGAGUCAGUGUUUCUCAUCGCCCUCAGUUCCUAUGGUGAAAGCCCUGGAAAUGCAGGUUUCCAGAAACAAGUCUACCGAAGGCUGAGGAGGCCGCCCUUCAACAGCUCCAUCUCCUCAGAGGAGCAGGUGAGCCCUUACUCUGCCUACCUUCACGACGCAGCCCUGCUCUAUGCUCAGACCGUGGAGGAGAUGAUAAAUGCCGGGAGAGAUUUCCGGGAUGGGAGGCAGCUGGUCCACACUCUGAAGGGUUCUGAUCAGACUGUACUGCAGGGAAUUACAGGCCCCGUGUUUGUGGACUCCCGGGGAGAAAGGCACAUGGAUUACCUGGUCUAUGUCUUACGGAAAUCCAGAAAUGGGUCCACUCUUCUUCCCUUUCUUCAUUAUGACAGCUAUCAGAAAGUGAUCAGACCCAUGAGGAAUUUCUCCAAUAUUACUUGGCCCCAUGGCUCCCUUCCUGAAGACAGACCUGGCUGUGGAUUUUACAAUGAGCUCUGUGAUACUGAACCUGCUUUUACAGGUGCUGCUAGCAUAGGCCUGAUUUUAGGGAUGCAGAGGGAAAAACGGCAGAGGCAACAUAAAGACAUCUGGUGGCAAAUCAAUUACAAAGACAUCACCGUUCUGCCCCAGAACAAGAGAGGCAUGCCUGUGUCGAGAGAGAACCACAGUAAUGCAUCUAGAGUGAUGAUUUCUGGGGACCUCACCUCCUUUGUCAAGAGUCAGCAGGGGGAAGAGCUCUUCUAUGCUCCAGUAAGGCUUUACCAGGGAAACCAUGUGGCCAUCCGCUAUGUUGGUGAGCAAGCUGAAGCCUGGAUUAGGAAGCCAUCUGUACUGCAGGAAAUUCAGCUGUAUUAUUUUCAAAUGUGUGAAUUAAGGCAGGACAACAUUGUUCCUUUCUUUGGUAUUUGCAUGGACCCACCCAAUAUCUGCAUUGCCACCCAGUAUUGCAGAAAAGGAAGUCUGAAGGAUGUUUUGAGAAACUCAGAUAUUGAAAUGGAUUGGAUAUUCAAGAUGUCAUUUGCAUAUGACAUAGCCAAUGGCAUGCUGUUUCUCUCCAGGAGCCCGCUGAGAUCCCAUGGCAACCUAAAGUCUUCCACCUGCCUGGUGGACGGGCGCACGCAGGUGAAGCUGUCAGGAUUUGGGCUGUGGACGCUCAAGUACAGAGGGACAGAUAGGAAGUACGAUGACAGAAGGACGGACUAUUCAGAGCUUUACUGGAGCCCGGAGCUGCUGCGGCUCCCGGGGGCGCCCUGCACGGGCACCCCAAAGGGGGACGUUUACAGCUUUGCCCUACUGAUGAGGCAGCUGAUCCACCACCAGGACGGUAGGUUCUUCGAUGACCUUGACGCAAGACCUUACGGUAACCCAAAAUGAACUUCGGAAAUCAUCAACCGAAUCAAAAACCCUACGGCAGGAGUUCCAUUGAGGCCUUCCCUGUCAGAAGAGAAGGGCAAUGAAAACAUCAUGGGCAUGGUGAGGGCAUGCUGGGAUGAAUCUCCAGCGAAGAGGCCCACUUUCUCUUCCAUCAGGAAAAUUUUACGAGAAGCUAGUCCUAAAGGCCACGUGAGCAUACUAGACAGUAUGGUGAGCAAGCUGGAAGUGUAUGUCAAUCACCUGGAGGAGGUGGUGGAAGAGAGGACCAAUCAGCUUAUGGCAGAGAAGAGGAAGGUGGAAAAGCUUCUGGCCACAAUGUUGCCCAGCUUCAUUGGAGAACAGCUCAUAGCUGGGAGGUCUGUGGAACCAGAACACUUUGACUCCGUGACAAUUUUCUUCGACAUUGUUGGAUACACAAAAUUGUGUUCUCUCAGCUCCCCUUUGCAAGUUGUAAAGGUCCUCAGUGACCUGUACAGCUUAUUCGACAGUAUCAUUAAAACGUAUGACGUGUACAAGGUUGAAACCAUUGGAGAUGCAUACAUGGUGGCUAGAGGGCUUCCCAUCCGCAACGGGAUCCGGCAUGCAGACGAGAUCGCCACAAUGUCCCUGCACUUCCUCAGUGCCACCAUCCACUUCCAGAUUGAGCACACGCCUGAGGAGAAGCUCAAACUCUGGAUUGGUUUCCACACAGGUCCCGUGGUGGCUGGUGUGGUGGGAAUCACCAUGUCCAGAUACUGUCUGUUUGGGGACACUGUGAACAUGGCAUCCAGAAUGGAAAGCAGCAGUUUGCCUCUCCGGAUUCACGUCUCUCAGAGUACCGCAGGCGCCCUGCUGGCACUGGGAGGGUACGAUCUGAAAAGAGGCACCAUUCCAGUCAAGGGCAAAGGAGAACAAACAACUUUCUGGUUGAAAGGCAAAGAAGGCCUAACUGUUCUGCUACCUGAGUUCACUGAGGAAGAAACUAAAGUCCCUGAGAUCUUCUGA